CGCGCACCACCCUGCCGGCUCGCUGCCCUCGCUCCGUUCCGCCCUCAGGGGUCGGCCGCGCGCCCCCUCCUCCGGCCCGGGUGGGGCCGCGAAUCACCUCGGGAGAGCGGGGAGGGGGCUCUGGGGCCGCGGCCUGCGCUCCCGGUGGGCGGUUGAGGGCGAAAGAGGCCCUCCCUUCUGACGAGGGGAGGGAGGGUCAGGAGCCCCCCACCGCCCAGCUGAGCCAGGGGCGUGCGCCGGCGAGGGCCGGGCUGCGAGAGGGGCGGUUGUCUGGGGGAGGGGGCGCGGGGUGAUUCAGCGCCCGGCGAGGCGGAAGCGGCCGCAGGAGGAGGAGGAGGGGGGAGAGGCCAGUCAGCGCCUGGGCGCCCAGGGUGGCACGAACCCGCGGCCCGAGUGCGAGGCGGAGGCGAGGAGGCCGCGGGGACUGGAGGCGAGGCCGGCCGGGCCCCCGCAGCCAUGGAGAACGCGCACACAAAGACGGUGGAGGAGGUGCUGGGCUACUUCGGCGUCAACGAGAGCACAGGGCUGAGCCUGGAGCAGGUCAAGAAGCUCAAGGAGAGAUGGGGCUCCAACGAGUUACCGGCUGAAGAAGGAAAAACCUUGUUGGAACUUGUGAUUGAGCAGUUUGAAGACUUAUUAGUUAGAAUUUUAUUGCUGGCAGCUUGUAUAUCUUUUGUUUUGGCUUGGUUUGAAGAAGGUGAAGAAACAAUUACAGCCUUUGUAGAACCCUUUGUAAUUUUACUUAUAUUAGUAGCCAAUGCUAUUGUGGGUGUAUGGCAGGAAAGAAAUGCUGAGAAUGCUAUUGAAGCCCUUAAGGAAUAUGAGCCUGAAAUGGGCAAAGUAUAUCGACAGGACAGAAAGAGUGUACAGCGGAUUAAAGCUAAGGACAUAGUUCCUGGUGAUAUUGUAGAAAUUGCUGUUGGUGACAAAGUUCCUGCUGAUAUAAGAUUAACUUCCAUCAAAUCUACUACUCUGAGAGUUGACCAGUCCAUUCUCACAGGUGAGUCUGUGUCUGUCAUCAAGCACACUGACCCUGUGCCAGACCCACGGGCCGUCAACCAAGAUAAGAAGAACAUGCUGUUUUCUGGAACAAACAUUGCUGCUGGCAAAGCCAUGGGAGUGGUGGUGGCGACUGGAGUUAACACAGAAAUCGGCAAGAUCCGGGAUGAGAUGGUGGCAACAGAACAGGAGAGAACACCCCUCCAGCAGAAACUAGACGAGUUUGGGGAGCAGCUUUCCAAAGUCAUAUCCCUUAUUUGCAUUGCAGUCUGGAUCAUAAACAUUGGGCACUUCAAUGACCCGGUUCACGGAGGCUCCUGGAUCAGGGGUGCUAUUUACUACUUUAAAAUUGCGGUGGCCCUGGCUGUGGCGGCCAUUCCUGAAGGUCUGCCUGCUGUCAUCACCACCUGCCUGGCUCUUGGAACUCGCAGAAUGGCAAAGAAAAAUGCCAUUGUUCGAAGUCUCCCUUCUGUGGAAACCCUUGGUUGUACUUCUGUUAUCUGCUCAGACAAGACUGGUACGCUUACGACGAACCAGAUGUCAGUGUGCAGGAUGUUCAUUCUGGACAAGGUUGAGGGGGAUACUUGUUCCCUUAAUGAGUUUACCAUAACUGGGUCAACAUAUGCACCUAUUGGAGAAGUGCAUAAAGAUGAUAAACCAGUGAAAUGUCAUCAAUAUGAUGGUCUUGUGGAAUUGGCAACAAUUUGUGCUCUUUGUAAUGAUUCUGCAUUGGAUUACAAUGAGGCAAAGGGCGUGUAUGAAAAAGUUGGGGAAGCUACAGAGACUGCUCUCACUUGCCUAGUAGAGAAGAUGAAUGUAUUUGAUACCGAAUUGAAGGGUCUUUCUAAAAUAGAAAGAGCAAAUGCCUGCAACUCGGUCAUAAAGCAGUUAAUGAAAAAAGAAUUUACUCUCGAGUUUUCACGCGAUAGAAAAUCAAUGUCAGUUUAUUGUACACCAAACAAACCAAGCCGGACAUCGAUGAGCAAAAUGUUUGUGAAGGGCGCUCCCGAAGGUGUCAUUGACAGGUGCACCCACAUUCGGGUUGGAAGUACCAAAGUCCCUAUGACCCCUGGAGUCAAACAGAAGGUCAUGUCUGUCAUCAGGGAAUGGGGUAGUGGCAGCGACACACUGCGGUGCCUGGCUCUGGCCACUCAUGACAACCCACUGAGAAGAGAAGAAAUGAACCUUGAGGACUCUGCCAACUUUAUCAAAUAUGAGACUAAUCUGACUUUCGUUGGCUGUGUGGGCAUGCUGGACCCUCCAAGAAUUGAAGUGGCCUCUUCUGUGAAGCUUUGCCGGCAAGCAGGCAUCCGGGUGAUCAUGAUCACAGGGGACAACAAAGGCACUGCUGUGGCCAUCUGUCGCCGCAUUGGCAUCUUCGGGCAGGACGAGGAUGUGACGUCAAAGGCUUUUACAGGUCGGGAGUUUGAUGAGCUCAGUCCUUCAGCCCAAAGAGAUGCCUGCUUGAAUGCCCGCUGUUUUGCUCGAGUUGAGCCUUCCCACAAGUCAAAAAUUGUAGAGUUUCUUCAGUCUUUUGAUGAGAUUACAGCUAUGACCGGGGAUGGUGUGAAUGAUGCUCCCGCCCUGAAGAAAUCGGAGAUUGGCAUUGCCAUGGGCUCUGGCACGGCAGUGGCUAAAACCGCCUCUGAGAUGGUCCUGGCUGACGACAACUUCUCCACCAUUGUGGCUGCUGUCGAGGAGGGGCGGGCGAUUUACAACAAUAUGAAGCAGUUUAUCCGCUACCUCAUCUCUUCGAAUGUGGGGGAAGUUGUCUGUAUUUUCCUGACUGCAGCCCUUGGAUUUCCUGAGGCUUUAAUUCCUGUCCAGCUGCUCUGGGUCAAUCUGGUGACAGACGGCCUGCCUGCCACUGCACUGGGGUUUAACCCACCUGAUCUGGACAUCAUGAACAAACCACCCCGGAACCCGAAGGAACCACUGAUCAGCGGAUGGCUCUUUUUCCGUUACCUAGCUAUUGGCUGUUACGUUGGCGCUGCUACUGUGGGUGCUGCCGCGUGGUGGUUCAUUGCUGCCGACGGGGGUCCGAGGGUGUCCUUCUACCAACUGAGCCACUUCCUACAGUGUAAAGAAGACAACCCGGACUUUGAAGGAGUGGAUUGUGCAAUCUUUGAGUCCCCGUACCCGAUGACAAUGGCGCUGUCUGUUCUAGUAACCAUAGAGAUGUGUAACGCCCUCAACAGCUUGUCUGAAAACCAGUCUCUGCUGAGGAUGCCCCCUUGGGAGAACAUCUGGCUCGUGGGCUCCAUCUGCCUGUCCAUGUCGCUCCAUUUCCUCAUCCUCUACGUGGAACCUUUGCCACUUAUUUUCCAGAUCACACCGCUGAACUUGACCCAGUGGCUGAUGGUGCUGAAAAUCUCCUUGCCUGUGAUUCUAAUGGAUGAGACACUCAAGUUUGUGGCCCGCAACUACCUGGAACCUGGUAAAGAGUGUGUGCAGCCUGCCACCAAAUCCUGCUCGUUCUCGGCAUGCACCGAUGGGAUUUCCUGGCCGUUUGUGCUGCUCAUAAUGCCCCUGGUGAUCUGGGUCUAUAGCACAGACACUAACUUUAGUGAUAUGUUCUGGUCUUGACUGACAGUUUUACAUAAAGAAGAUGUUUAACUUAAUCAAUUAAUUUUUUUAUUGUUUAAAGCAACUGUCUAUUUCUGCUGAAUUUUCACAUGAACAUACUGGCUGGUGAAGGAGAUUUCAUACUCUAGAUUUUGUUUUGCUUUUUCUGACUCCAGUGGGGCAAGAUUUUCCUUUUUUAUACACAUAAUUAAAGUGUCCAUUGACAUGUACAGAGAACUAACACUAUUUUAUGCAAAUAUUUUUUUGUAGAUGAAAAAGCAUGUACAGUGUUCUGUUUAAUACUCAUCCUUGUAUAAAAAAAAUAGUUGAGCCAGCAGACAUUGUCAGCAAAUUAAUUGGCAGCAGAUUUUAGGAAAUGAAUGUGUGUGUUUUUUUUCUAAAACUAAAUAGCAUGUAUUGUGUCUUCUGCAUGAUCAUCUGGAUUUAAUCUGAGAUCACAGUCUAAUUUUUAUUCAUAAGCCAAUUUUUCUGCACUGAGCAGAGUACUGCUACCUCAGUCAGUAUUUUUUGGUUUGCCACUCCCCUCACCCCCUGUGGCCCCCAUUCACUUCCACCCCCACCCCCCACACUCCCAGCCCUGCUCGGCUGCUUCUCCUGUAGGGUUUUGAUGGUUCUGUUUACAUCAGUCUUAACAAGAGGUAUGCCUGUUCUCGCUUGUGCAGAAAACAUUGUUCCAGAUACAAUCGACUGGGUUCAUGUCCCCCCACGUAGUUUUUAAGGUUAUUUAUUUAAAUG